CGAUCGCCGAUCAGAAAUCGAGAAGAUGACGAAGAACUACCCCACUGUUAGCGAGGAGUACAAGAAGCUUGUCGGGAAGGCCAAGAGGAAACUCAGAGGCAUGAUCGCCGAGAAGAACUGCGCUCCGCUCAUGCUCCGUAUAGCAUGGCACUCUGCUGGUACCUUUGAUGUGAAGACCAAGACCGGUGGCCCAUUCGGGACUAUGAAGCACCCUGCGGAGUUGGCACAUGGCGCAAACAACGGUCUCGAUAUCGCUGUUAGGCUGCUGGAGCCAAUCAAGGAGCAGUUCCCCACACUCUCUUACGCUGACUUCUACCAGCUGGCUGGUGUCGUUGCUGUUGAGGUUACUGGCGGACCUGAGAUCCCCUUUCACCCAGGAAGAGAGGACAAACCUGAGCCACCUCCCGAGGGUCGUCUUCCUGAUGCCACCCUGGGUUGUGACCAUCUGAGACAGGUUUUUAGUGUUCAAAUGGGGCUCAGCGACCAGGAUAUUGUUACUCUUUCUGGUGGCCACACUCUGGGAAGGUGCCACAAGGAGAGGUCUGGAUUCGAGGGACCAUGGACUUCCAACCCUCUCAUUUUUGACAACUCUUACUUCAAGGAACUCUUGAGUGGGGAGAAGGAAGGCCUCCUACAGUUGCCAUCUGACAAGGCCCUACUAGAUGAUCCUGUUUUCCGUCCUUUGGUUGAGAAAUAUGCUCAGGAUGAGGAUGCCUUCUUUGCUGAUUAUGCUGAAUCUCACCUGAAGCUCUCUGAGCUGGGGUUCGCUGAAGCAUAAACUUAUCACAUGCGUUCGGAUGAUGCUAGCUACUUUUGGUGCUUGUUCAUGGUUAAUUUUAAGUGUUUGGAUUUUCUUUUAUUUUGUUGGGCAAAACUUGAUGAAAUCGAAAUUGUAAGGUAUCAUGUUGGUUAUCACUUAUCACCCUUUUGUGGUAAAUAAUAAUAUCAUUUCUUUUUAAUGAACAUCUAGCUCGGUU